AUGGCCUCUGUGCUCAAACCUCAUCUCACGCGUCUUCUCCAAUCCCUCCCUCCUUCUCCACCCCCUGAACAGCUCAAAGAACUCGUUGAAAAUACUCUCUCCCAGGCGCAGACCAACCUUUCGCCAGAGAUCUGCAAGAGUGUGUGGGAGCACCUGCUCAAAACCGCCGUUUUCGAUCUUGCCUGCACGGAAGGGGAGGCGCUCAAAGAUGGAGGGAUGUCUUAUUACGAGCAGAUGAAGGGCUUGCUGGAUGUGGUGUUAACGUUCACAGAGCUUGAGGCUUGCGAGACGACACUGCCAUUUUUCGUGCUGCAAGACUUGCUCGAAAUGCAGACGAUUGAGUCGUGCUCACACAUUUUCUCGUGGAUCGAGUACCGCGCUGAUCGUCUAAUGGAGGGCCUCGUCCCACAGAAGGGAAAAGCCCUCGUUUUAUUGCGGACACUCAACGACCUUCUUCGGCGGCUAUCGAAAACGGGCUCGACGACAAUUUUCUGUGGCCGGAUAUUGACACUGCUUAGUGGGGUGUUUCCGCUGGGUGAACGGAGUGGUGUGAACUUACGGGGAGAGUAUGGGCCGACCUGGGAGCCCGUGAAAAUAUCAGCGGAGCCGGAUGUGGUCAUGGAGGAGGUGAAGAAAGAAGAGGAAGCCGACGGCAUGCAGCUGGAUGAGCCCAAAAACACGCCAGUAACCCCAAUCGACAAGAAAGAAGGUGCGUCUUCAGCAAAGAAUUCGAACACAAUCAACUCUGGAGGAGACUUUUACAACACUUUCUGGUCGUUGCAACUUCCGUUCUCUAAACCUCCGCUGUUCGCUCUGCCUGGGACAUUCGACGAGUUCAAAGAAGCAGUUACAAAGGUGCUCCCGGUCAUCAAGGAAGCUACAGCCAAGGAGCGGGCGAUGAUGGGUAGUCGGGAUAAGCGGAAACGCGAGCCGGAGUCAGAGGAGGGCAGCACUGUGACAGAAUACUUCUUCGCCAAAUUCUUGACCAGCCCCGAAUUGCUCGAUCUGGAGAUUGCAGACACCCACUUCCGCAGACAAUUCCUCUUUCAACUCGCUAUUCUUCUCACCCAUCUCCAAACGUUCACCAAAGCCGCCAAGGCGGGCUGGGCGACAGCUCGAAAUCGGUCGCUUCAAAUGGACUUUACGCUCGAACCGCCACAAGCUGAAUGGGUCCAAGACACACUCAGUAAAGUGAUGGAGGAGCUUAAACAGACGACGCCGAAUGGACGAGCAUUUGCGGAGACUGUCAGCACGAUUCUCGAGCGCGAGAAGAACUGGGUCAAGUGGAAGAACGAGUUGUGUACUGCAUUCGACAAGGAGCCAUGGUCGGACGAAAUCAACGACACGUUCGUGGGGCUGCUGGAAGCAACUGAGCAACUGCGUCUGGCAAUGCGGGAGCCGCCUGCGGAAUGGGAGUGGCGGUUGGGGACGCAGCCUUUGACUGAGAUCUGGGAUAUGGGCUAUAGAGAGUUGCGGGAUGUGCAGAUGCCAUUCAGAGCUGGUGAUGUGAAGGACUUUGUGAAGGAGCUCAAACGAACGGACCAUAAGAUUGAAAUGCGACAAAAGCGACUAGAUAUGAUGGCGAAAAAGCUUGCUGCAAAACCUGAUUCAGAGGAAGCAGCAAAGCCAGCGGAAGAUGUUGCGAUGCCACCGGUUGAGCCACCGCCAAAGCCAACCGAUGAGAUUCUUAUUGAGCUGGAAGAGAGUAAACACAGGACGGCAUGGGUUGCGCUGCGAGCAGCCCGUGAAGUGCAUUUGCAACAUUUUGGGAAGAUAGGAACGGGGGACAUUGAGUUGUUGUUGAAGGAGAUCGAGAAUGAGAGCGAGAACGGGAAGCAGGUGCCAGCCUCGUCUACCUCCACAGAUGCGGGCGAUGUCGGAUCUGGUAGUCCGAUGACCAACCCCCGGACCGUAGGGGAAGAUGGUGAUAUAAAAAUGAGAGAUCGAUAG